AUGAUUUUGUUACUUCAGAGGAAAUUGCGAUAUAUUUUCGCUAUAUUAACCAUCCUCGUAUUUAUCUGGAUGACUCGUGAGAUCCAGAUUUUGCACGGAAACGCUAAAUCGUUCAGACGUUUCAUCACAACAGCAGCAACACCAGUUGGCAACAUUCGAAGUAUACCGAAGGUCUCGCACGGAAGCGCUAUAUCGUUCAGACAUUCCAUCACAACAAAAGCAACACCACGUGGCAACAUUCGAAGUAUACCGGAAGUCCUUGUGCAUCCGGCAGCCGGCACAUCGAGAAAGUUCCUUGUAAUCCUUAUAGCAACAGCGCCAUCGAAUCUACAGCACAGAAAUGUAAUAAGAAGGACAUGGGGACGACCUAGCAAUUGGCAUAUAAAGACUAUCAAUUACACCUCGGUGUUCCUGCUUGGUAAAUCAAAUAUUAAUCGUACUAUGAUUGAGCUGGAGAUACUACAUCAUAAAGACCUUCUUAUAGGCGACUUUGAAGACGUGUACGCGAAUUUAGUGAGUAAGGUUUUGAUGGGUCUUGCGUGGGCAUCAAGUAUUGAUUGUGAGUACGUUUUCAAAGCAGACGAUGAUGUCUAUGUGAAUGUCCCUCGCUUGCUGGAUUGGUUGGGAAGUCCCUAUAGUAGGUUACCAAGAGAUCUGUAUGCUGGUUUUGUACAUGAUGCAAUAGUUCCUAGAAGGGAGAACACGUCAAAGCAUUACAUAGGGGAUAUAGACUAUAGAAGGCAAAAAUAUAGACCGUACUGUUCUGGCCCUUUCUAUGUAAUGUCUCAACGAAUUCUUCCACGCCUUACAAAUGCAAGUCUUGUGGUACCCGCUUUUAGAAUAGAGGAUGCUUACAUUGGCUUAUUAGCAUAUCACAUCGGAGUGUUGCCAUAUGAUCAACAUGGCUUUCACUUGUUAAGAAAUUCCAAAAAGGAAAUGGAACAAUUUUCUCCCUGUGAUUUGCUGACAACAAUUGCAUGUGGCCAUGCAAUACAACCUAAUUAUCUAGAAAAGCUACAUGCAAAGUUCCUUUCCCUUGAAUCAAAAGGUAAUACUGUGUUCCUAUGUGUAUCUUACUCCUUAGAGGUUCUAGGUAGAAACAUGGGGUAUGUUGUCAUUUCAUUAUUAUUUUUAAUUUCUUUAGGCUCAUGUGCAUGUCAUGUAGUUAGCAGAUGUUGUUGUCAUAAGACCCAACGGAGACCAAAAUAGAUUAUUGAUGGUGAAA